GACCUCUAGGUUCGGGUAGUACGGGUCUAUAAAUUGCUUGCGGUUUUGCGAAGAACGAGUCAUUGCUCUUUACGUGUAAACUGGAAAUUGGACUUGGACGACGAGAAAUUUACCUGCAAGGUGAUUUUGAUUGAAUAGCAAUUGAAUUAUGGCUUUAGUGUCUGGUGGAAGGUCAACCCUUAAUCCAAACGCACCUCUGUUCAUUCCAGCAGCUGUGAGGCGAGUGGAGGAUUUCUCACCGGAGUGGUGGAACCUCGUGAAUACAUCCACCUGGUUCCGAAACUACUGGCUCAGCCAGCACGAGGGAGAGGAUAUUUUUGGCGAGGAGGAAUAUGGUUUUGAUGGCAACAAUGUCGCUGGGUUGUUGCCUGAUACCAUAGAUCUUGAUGUGGAUGAGGAUAUCUUGAACAUGGAAGCUCAGUUUGAGGAAUUUCUUCAGUCAUCUGAAGGUGAAUACGGAAGGAAGGCGGCCAGAGGCAUGAUGGAAAACGGCUAUGGUAAGAACAGCGGUGCACUAGUCAAGAGUCUGAGCAUGCCGAAGGAGAGAGGCCCAAAUUCCCCAAGGGAACCGAUGAAGCACUGGGAGAAGCCCGCCAAGCAUGUUACCCCAAGCUACUAUAGCCCCCGUUUCAUCCAGCAGCCUCGUUGAACUUGUCGUAGUGUUUACCGUUUAGGUCCUUAGUUUGCAGGCCCAGAAAGCAGCAGUUAUGUGUUUCUUGUAACUUUUAUGUAUAGGGCAAGGUUGCAACUCUCUGUAUUUUACCCUUGUUCAUAGUCUGACGUCCCCUUGUUUAGUUUUUGUAACAUGAAAAGGUUUCCAGGAUGUAAAAGAAAUACUGUAGAACUCGCUCCAAGAAAAUUAAAAAAGAGGUCAUUUUAGUUGAA